UUGGAUAGCGACAGCGACAGUGCUGACUGGCGCUGACAUUUGCUCAAGGUUAUAAACCAAAGUUUUGUAUACGUACAUAUAUGAUUAAUCUUCUAUAUUUGAAAGGGAAACGUAUAAAUUCUAACCUCUAAUAAUACACUGAUGGAAAUACAUAUAGAGAAACAUGGGUGAUAUCAACGCAAAGCGAGACGCGAGAAGGAGACGAAUUUUAGAAAACUCAGAAAAACGUUUGUUAAAAAUUACUGCUUUAAAUGGCAAUACUAAACCAGAAGAUACGUCUAGUCAAACUUCAUUUAUCUAUAGAGGAACGCAAGAGGAAUUACAACAAAAUAUAAAUGAAACAUGCUAUGAUGGAAUUAAGAAUACAAACAUGUUGAUCCCUCCGAAAGAUAAAUAUAAAGAUACUAGAACAGAGACUGAAACUAUUAAUAGUACUCUAACGCGAACACAUUUCUCAACCCCUUUGGUGGUAAUAAAUCGUGUAAAUUACAUAUUACUAGCUUUUAUUAUCAAUAUACUGCUAGCAUUAAAACUGGAUUACUUAUUUGGAAAGACUGCGAUUAUACCAUACCUUCCAAUGAUGUUGACUCGUUUGUAUAAGUGCAUAAGUGAACAAGAAACACAAGAUGGUAGUCUCUUAUGUACUGCUUUGAUCUUAUGUAAUAUUAAGCCCGAUGUCAUUUAUCAAUUUAAAAAAUUUGUUACUGUACUUAAUAUGCUGAUCAAAGAUUUGGCUGUAUAUAUUUUUAGUUUCACUGGAAAUUUUCAUGUUGUUACAGCAUGA